AUGAAGAUCCUCGCUCUUCUCGCAUCAGCUGCAGCUGUUUCUCUUGCCGCGCCUACUGUUGAUACACAUGAGAUUGAUGCACGCGCGGUUGACACCGUUCUCUACCCAGCUGGAACCUACCGAUACUGGAUCCAAAGUGGCAAAAUCAUCUGGGAUCCACAGGAUCAGCUUCUAAUCGUCAAGAACGGCAAGGCCGCUGACGAGACAACCACAAUUGUGACCUUUGAGUUCGACGAAAGCACUCGCGGCAAGACCUGCGAGCUUCUAUUUGAGCUCUGGGACCGAGAUGUGUCCACUGGAACAAAGACUCUGGACGUCUUCACCUACUCAGAUCCUCCAACGGGACCUCGAGCUUUCUCGGCUGCAGACGCUGCUAAUUGGGCAUCCACGAAGAGUAGAGGCAACCAUGUAGGUCGUAUCAGAGUACCCAAACCUGGUAAUGCUACAUGGGAACAGUCGUACCAAGGGUGGCCCAAGAUCCCCUGCCCAGCUGGGCAACUCAUUGGGGUAGAGUAUGUAGGUGUCGGCGAUCGGGUGCAGGUUCGCUGGGAUAUCGGAGUGACUGGGCCUAGGUUUAAGAUUGUGGGGUAG